AUGUACGACUACAUGGCAAACAAACAUCUUCGGCGCAGGGUUGAGAAGUGGGCGUCAUGCGUCCACCCUGGGCUUCACACCCUCGGCAUCUGCUCCACGCAGCGAGUGGAGUCGAUGAAUAGUGCGGUGAAGAGGUUGGUCACGAGGGCGGGCAUCAUGGUCGAUCUCAACAGAGCGCUCAUGGGCAAAGUUCAGGACGACGCAAACAAAACCAAGAGGCGCGGACUCCUUCAGCAUUUCAGCUUCGUCGUGAACGCGGUGAAGAACGAGCGGUGUAGCACGCGCGCAAUCGAGGACACAGAAGCACAGGUCGUCGCCGCUAUCGGUUACAACGCCACCUGCCUGGUCAGAGGUGAAGGUGAAGCGUGGCGACUGCUCGACGAGCUGGCGGCCAACCCAGCCAAGGCGAAACUCUGUUACGACACCUCCUCCGGAGAGCUGAUCGACCCUUCACAACCGACGACCGAGGCCCCUGGCGUCUCCACGGUGUCCCGGACAUCCGUGCCCCACUUUGCGGACCUACUCCGUGACCAGAACGUCAACGCAGUGGUGCGCGUCAGCAUGAUCGCUCCGCCGUCUGAGUUCGGUCACCUCGUCGCUCUUGGACCCGACGGCUUCUUCCUCUGCACGUGCCUGCGGCAGCUGGUGUACGGCCUGCUCUGCCCGCAUGGCCUCAAGGCCUUGUGGGCCGAGGGUGUUGUCAGUUUCAAGGGAGCAACCAUCUCACCACGGUGGCCGGCCGCGAGUGCCGGUCUGCCGGCGGGUGUCGGCCAGCCGCCGCGUGCCGACCCCAACUCCACCGUCUCGCGCACCGGCCCUAACGUGCCAUCAUACGCGUACACGAACGGCGUUGCCCUGGGCAAGGAGUUGGGUGGUAUGUUCAAAGAGAUCAACAAUCUGGCGGGCAUCCACCGCGCGAUGGAGACCAUCAAGCUUUUCGCCCGCGCGCAAGUCGACCUGGAGAAGAGAUCCCAAGACGAGCACUCAACGAACCGAGUUUUCCGAGGGGUUUUCUCGCAGCCCGCCGAAGACUUGCCGUCGGGAGAUGCCGGCGGUACGGGGAGGGGCCCGGGGCGGGGAGGCCGUAGCGGCGGAGGUGGAAGGGGGGCGACAGGGAUGGGGGGGAGGGGCGGACGGAGUCAGGGGCACGCAGGGAGGGGCGGAGCAACCGGCGUGCGUACACCAGGCCCUGGCGCGGGGGAUUCCUCGUUCCACCCGCCAGCGGCUGUGGGCGGCGCGGUGCCACCGGUCAGUGGGGCGCACCCGCUGCAGGGUGCUGGCGUGCCGCUUGGUUCCCUGAGCAACGUCGCCGUUCCUGGUGGCGCGGGGCGGCAGCCUUCGCCACUCCUUGCCUUGGAGCAGGUGCAAGCGCCGCCCGUGUUGAGGCAAAAGGGGCCGAGGAAAAGGCACAAGAGUUCUGCAGCUGGCGGAAGUUAGUGGAUGACACCGCGCGGAGUCGCCAGAGAUAUGGUAGCGCGCGUUUCGUGUGUUUGCGCGGUAUGGGCGUUGCUACCGUUCGCGGGUCUUUUUUUUCAGGUGGUCUGAGUACAGAUAACAUGUAGUCGGAUUUGCUGGCCUUCGAUAGAGAUCAGAUCAUCAUUUGGGCAGCGCGUUUGGGCAGGACGGCUCGCUUC